AGUAAAGCAUGUCCACGAUGUAUCCAAAUACACAUAUUUAGCAAGACGUGCUAUUCUGGUUCUGCCGCAAAUCUCUGCAGUCUCUGCUCGAUGGUGGCACACCCUCAGCUUUAAACCAGCGAUCGUCUACAGAGUGGGUGGAUAGGACUCAAGCUGCGGGGCUAGCGCGGGGACGAGGGUUCGCCGGAGCAGCUGUUGCUGCACCGACCCCUCCCGGCAACAGCAGGAUGCAGCGGGGCUCACGGCUGCAGGCCCUCGCGGCCGCAGCCGCAGCGGCAGUGUCAACGCUGGCUAUUCGCUUUACAGCGCACCGCCUGGCGCGACCGGCACAUGCAGGGGUAGCGGCAGGCAUGGCCGCCGCGUUCCCGGCAUCCACCGCAGCCGGUCGGAUCCCACCGCUGCUAUGGCUCGGGCUGCUGGUGCAUCUGGCAGCCUGGGCGGCGGUUCGCGCCUGGCUGCGCGGGCGUCUCGGCCCUGAGGGCAUUGGCAGUAGCACCAGCGGGCGCGGCGGCAGUAGCACCCCUGCCCGUGGUCAAGCAGCGCACCUGCCAGGGUCGGCACAGGAUGCAGCGAGCGAGACAGCAGUAGCAGGUGCAGCAGUAGCAGAUGCAGAUGUACCAGAUGCAGGUGGCGAGCAGCGCGCGCCACUGCCGUUGCUACUGCCUCCGUCGCCCCUCCCUGCUCCGCUGCCCCACCGGAGGCCGCCGCCGUACGUGCCCUUGAUGCGGCUGCACACACAGGCCGUGCAGAUGCAUGGCAUGCUGCCUGGUGACUUUGCGGAGGAGGCCGCCGGCGUCACCAGCCACAGCAGUAGCCGCAGUGGCGGAGACGACGGCGCUGGAGGCGGCAGCUAUGCUGCGGUAGACAUCGCGGGUGGCGGCUGUGCUGCCAUACUGGUCGGCGCUAACCUGUUUUUCAACACCGACAGCACCACCAACGCCACCACCAACGCCACCACCAGCCCCAGCCCCAGCGACAUGGUCGCGGCCCACUCGUCCACUGCCCCGGUGAUGGCGCUGGUGGACCUCGCGGCGCUGGAGGCGGAGAUAAGCGGAGGGUACGGCGGCGGAGGAGGGUACGGCGGCGGCGGAGGAUACGGCGGCGGAGGAGGGUACGGCGGCGGCGGAGGGUACGGCGGCGGAGGAGGGAACGGCGCCAGCGCCUGGGGCUCCGCCGCCAAUGGCGCCGGCGGCCGGCGCGGGGCGCUCAGCUACGCGUUCGGUGCCGCCGGCGCCGCCGCUAUCAGCUCCGCCGCACGCCGGCAGACCGAUGCGGUGCUUCAGGGCCGCCGCAGCAGCCCGCAGCAGGCGGGGCAGGCAGCAGGCGGAGGAGGCGCAGGUGGAGGAGGCGGCGGUGGCAGCCUGGCUGGGGCGGCGCUGCGGUGGUGUGUGCGGCUGAUGCUCCACACCUUGCAAGGGGCGGAGGGGUUGCUGGCGACGGGCGGGGGCGCGCGGCGGGGUCGCAACGGUGGCCGGAUGCCCUCUGUCGACACGGCGAGGCGGAGGCUGCCCAAGGGUACAGCCAGCGGAGGCCCUGGGGUGGGUGGCCCGUCGGACUGGGCGGCAUCAGUGUCAGCAGCCAUGAUGUAUUUCCUGCACGUCACCAGUCCCGACGCCGACGCGAUGUGGAGGUCGCCAUAUGUGUGGGUGGCGAUCACACUGCCACCGGAGCUGGAGUGGCGGGUGUGGCGGCGGCGGGUGGGGUCGGGCCUGGGCGGCGUCGCUACUGCGUGCCGGCUGCUGCUGCCGGCGGUAGCAGCAGGAGGUCUGGUUGCAGAGCUGGUCUCCUGCUACAAGAGCCUUGGCGUUGCGGACGGAGGCGCAGUGCUAUCGGACAGUGCGGCGGCGCUGUGGGCGGCGAUCGCAGCGGCAGCGCUUGUUCCCAUGGCGAACCGGGUGGCGGCAUUUGGGGCGGCCGCAGCUGCAGGCAGUCGAGGAGCUGAGCAUGACGCAAGGGGUGGUGCCUCAGCGCCGCAACCGGAGGGGGCCGCGGGUCCGGCGGUGGGGUCGCCGGCAUUGCCACCUGCUGAAGCACAGGUGCCGCUGCUGGCAGGCGCUCGCAUUACGCAGGUCUGGCCGCGUGUGCUGCUCCUGCCGUCUUCCUCACGGGGCGGCAGCAACAGCGGCGCUGGUAGUCAGCUGCAGCGGCAGUGCCUCACUGUCAGCCUCAGCGCCGGCAAACGCAGGAGCACUCGCAACCAAUCGACCAGGGGCCUCACUGCAGGGGUCGCAUCGAGCUGUCAUCCGCAAGCUGCCGUCGCUAUAGGGGCUGCAGGCUCGGAGGAAAGCGCAGAGGUGGAGCUGCUGCUGCGGGCGGGCAGUCGGAACGAGCGGCUGCGCUGCCGCGCCGGCGGCUGUAGCUCGCAGGCGGGACCACAGCCGCCGCCGCCGCCGCCGCCGCCGCACCGUCCGGGUCACAGCGCUGCACAGACAAUUGCGGGGUCAGCUGCUGCGGCUGCGGGCUGUGAGUACCAGUGCUGUGUGGAUAUGUCUGCCCGACUGGCGUUGCGGGCAGGUUCCUCCCCAGGUGCCGCUGCCGGUGCCGUUGUGAGUGCUCCUGACGGCACGUUGCGGCUGGGCCGGCCGGGGCUGCUGCUCCUCGACGUGGUGGCACCGGCCUCCUCGCGAAGCCAGCCGCCAGCACAGUCAGCGGCCGCCGGCGUGCAUGGCAGCCGCGACCGCAGCGGCAGCCGACACACUGGCGGCAGCAGUUGCAGCAGCGGCAGCAGCAGCGACGGUGCUUCAAGCGAGCGCGAGGAAGAGGCGGAGGACGGCUUUCCUGGGAUUCCCUGCCCCUACUGCGCUGGUACGGCCUGUGCCCCGGUGCUGACGGCGCCGGUGCCGCUGCUGCUGGUGGAGGACGCGGGGGUGUGGGAGGAGCUGCUGCGGGCCACGGCGCCCGAGCGGUGGCGAGAUGCAGCAGGCGCGGCGGCAGCGGCGGCGCCGGCUGCUGCAGCUGCAGCUGCCACGGCCGGCAGGAGCGGUGGUGAUGACGGCGGCAGCGGUGGUGGCGGUGGUAUGGGAGGCAGCGGCGCCUCGGGUUCUGACACCAGCCGACUGGCCAAAGCGAGUGCGGGUGCUACCGCUGCCGCCAAUGAGGAGGCUGGAGUCGAGCCUGUGAUAGCAGAGGCGGCGCCAGCGGGUGCCGGUCCCGAGGGCGACACCGAAAGCGUAUCGGAGCAAGACCAGGAAGAGGAAGAGUCAGACUCAGAGUCGGACGAUGAUGGCCACGAGCCCGCCUGGUCGGACUGGCGCAGCCGCCUCCGUCGCGGCGGCGCCGCUGCGGCCGCGGCAGGCGGCGCGGCCGCUGCUGGCGGCCUCCCGGUCUCGGACGGCGACCCCGCCGCCGCCGCCACUGCUACAGACGGUGCCUCUACCGCUGCGGCCGCGACUGCUGCUGCAGCAGCUGUAGCCUCUGCUACCGCUGCCGAGGUAGACGCGCUGCUGGUGGACCUCGGCGUGUUCUUCGGGCAGGUGGCAGAGCUGCGGGACCUGACGGCAGCGGCGGCGGCGGGGCUGGCGGCGGCGCGCGAGGCACGGGCAGCGGAGUGGCAGGCGCGGCAGCGCGGCGCGGCGGCGGAGGGCGUGAGCGGUGCUGGCUCAUCACGUGGUGGUGCCAAUGCGGCACGGACGUUUGGAGGCGGGAAGAGAAGCUCACAGGUCUCAGGAGCAGAACACGGGCUGCGUUACUCGUCGCCGUAUGGCGAGCUGCGGUGCACAUGUGCGGGCGGCGUUAGAGCGGCAGCCCUGCGGCCGCAGCUGCAGUUUCAACAGCUGGAGGCAACACAUCUGCUGCAGACGCCGGCGGCGCUGCGAGCGCAAGCACUGGCCGGCACCGGUGAAAGUGGCGACUGCGGCGGCGGCUGCGAAACGGUCUCCUCCGAGGCGCUGCCGCCCUGUGCCGUGUGUGCGCUGAGACGGCUUCGUGACUUGUUCCUAUGCCGCAUGCGAUACCAUGAGCACCAGCAGCCGCCGCCGCCCCUGCAGCUGUUCUCCCAGAGACCGCUCCUGUCCUUCCUCUGGCGCGCGGUCCGACUGGGCAAUCGCGCGCCGCCACCACCGACGUCUAGCCUGCCGCGGCUACAGCCGACUGCCGCCAAGGUGCUACUGCCGCCGCCGGCGCUGCUGGCGCUUGGGGAGGCACUGCAGCGGCACGCGGUGGCGGCGGGGUGGUGGCGCACGGCAGCGGCCAUCGUGGAAGGGCUGAAUGUCGUGUAUCGUGCUGGCGUGCUGGCGGGAGCCGCCGAGCAGCUACAGCCGCUGCCCUCACCUCCACAGCCGCAGUCCCAGGGAGGUCUGUUGGAGGCGGCGUCAACCAAGUCUACCAAGGGCGCCCCGGCCGCAUCUGCCAAGGGCGCUGCUGCCACCGCUGCCAAGGGAGCCUCUGCAGCUGGUGCUGACGAUGGAAGUGGUGACGCCAGCUCCGCAGGCAGUGACAGCGGCGCUGAAGACGGCAGCGGCAACCACAACAGCAGCAUUGGGCAGGAAGGGCCGCCCCGGCCCGGCGCGCUGUGGACCCUCGGCGGACCUACGACGCCUGGCGCCGCCAUGGCCUGUGCCUGGUGGGCUGCAGCAGGUGGCAGCAGCAGCAACGCAAACACGUCUGGCAGUAGCAACAGCAGCAGUGCCAGCAGCGCUGGCCCAGUAUGGUCACGGCUGCAGCGUUGGGCGGGGUGGCUGGCGGCUGCGACUGUGCCGCUGCGGCGGUGGGUGCCUGCUCAGGUGUGGAGCAGCCUGGGCUGGGCGGUCGGGCUGGUGCUCGUUUACCCGCUGGCGGAGUCUCUGGUAGAGUUUGCGGCCGCUGCGGUAUGGGCCAUGGUGUCGGGUGCCAGCGCCGCUGCGGCGGCGGUUUGGGGAGCUGUCGCCGCAAACGCGACCGCAACGGCUGCCGGUAACGGCGCACGUGUGCCUAGUAGCGGCGCCGGUGAAGAUGGCAGCGGCGGGGCCACCGUGUGGCCGUGGGGCUGGCUGGCGCAGCAGGCGGGCCGGAAAGUGGAGGUGCUGUGGCAAUGGCUGGAGAGCGGGGAGGCGCGGGCUGCAGCGGUCACAGCAGUGAUGGCGUUGGCGGUCGGGGUGUGGGCCCUGCGAGGCAGAGGGUGGCCGGCGGCGGGUGGCCGGGGCCGGGCGGCGCCGCGGGGGCGGACCUGGCGGGGCGUCGCGGUGCGCCGGUGAUGGAGAGCUCCGGUGUAGGAGGAGAGGUGAAGCGUGGCACAAGAUCCCUCACCAGUUGUGUCCCAGAGGCCAGAGCCAUCAUUGCACCAAGUUACUACGGCGUGUCGUGAUAUCAGCAGCGGCAGUACAAGGCUCAGACGUGUCAGACGUUGCAUCACAAAUCCGUUGUGCCAGUUCUGCGGUGCUAUCCGAAAGCGUGGUUGCGGAUUUGCGUUUGCGACAAUCACGCUUGGAAACGCCCGGUCAUAGGCCCAUAGCACGCAGCACGCCGUGUAUGCGGUGUAUGUGUUGGCGUGACGUUGAUAGCCCGCAUGAAAGGGGGGUACAGUACUUGCUGAGUGGCCGACCGGUGGCCUGCGUGCCUCACAGCGGUACUCCAACCACGACUCCACUUGUCCAGUAGCUGGGUGUGCGAUAGGACAGUAGGCAGGUUGUAAAGUCCCGUAGGGUGAUCAGCUGAUUAUUCCCAGAACCCAGCAGAUUCCCAAACAAUUUACAACGGCAGGGCAGGAGUGCGCGUCCAGUAGCUGGGUGGGUGUCGGCCUCAAGCUGACUAAGUCGUGAGUCUUGUGACCGUUGUAAAACCAAGGUGUAUUGGGGAAAGCGCCUGUGCGCCAUGUCCUCGACGCAAAUGCUGUGUUGUGUGCGGCUUACGUGGGCCGAGGGGGCAACUUCUACGAGUGCUGCAGCUGCGUGCCGAGUUGCUGUCUGUGAACAUGGUUGAGCAAAGUCCGCCCAGGCUAAGUCACCCAGGCCAACGUGGCGGUCGUGCCAGCUUUCGAGCGUGGUACAUGCUGUCCCUACUCAUCCCUGACGUGAGCAGCCCAUUUUAAGCGCACGCUGCACACGCAUGGUGCAGGCUGGCUGGAAGCUUGUGCUGUGCAAUUGCGCUGCUCAUUGCCCGCGCUGAUCAGCACACCGCUGAUCCUGUAACGCAUGCGGGAC